AGGCUUGGGGCCAGCCUGGCUCCGCGCUGCCCCGGCCCCGUCCUCGCGCCCCGGCCGGGCUGGCCGCAAGCAGCCUGGGCCCGGAGCCUGGGCACCAGCGCGCUGCUGUGCGCGGGUAAUGCUUCAGUGGGGCUACUACAGGUGUAAGCACUAGGUGGACGUGGUGCAGCCAUUUUCAUCACUAUGGCAUAAUCCGACCACUUGUUAGCAUCGCUAUGCGAGUGACCAUGUGGUGCUUCCCGCUAAUGUUGGCGACCCGCAAAUUCACCGACAAGCAUGAGUGGAUAUCAGUUGAAAAUGGUAUUGGGACAGUAGGAAUCAGCAAUUUUGCACAGGAAGCAUUAGGAGACAUCGUUUAUUGUAGUCUUCCGGAAAUUGGGACAAAGUUGAACAAACAAGAUGAGUUUGGUGCUCUGGAAAGUGUGAAGGCUGCUAGUGAACUCUAUUCUCCUCUCACGGGAGAAGUAACUGAAAUUAACACCACCCUUGCAGAUAAUCCAGGACUUGUCAAUAAAUCUUGUUAUGAAGAUGGUUGGCUUAUCAAGAUGACUGUGGACAACCCUUCAGAACUUAAUGAACUGAUGAGUGAGGAUGCGUAUGAGAAAUUUAUAAAAUCCAUUGAGGACUGACCUGGAACACUAAAAUAAACCACUAUAAAACACUUACUUCAGCGUAGUUUGUCAUAGAUUAGUGAUGUACAGAAGAUCUGACAGUGGGCAGCUUAAAAAAAUUGCAUAUUCCAGAAAUUUUGGAUAAAAUUUCAAGACAAAUAUGCAGCCUCUGAAUUGUGUUGUACUAAAGAUCAAUCCUGUGACAAUAAGAGAUUGCAGAUGGG